AUGUACCGCCGCCUGGGCGAAGCGCUCGCCGACUCGGCCGCUCUGCUCGGCCGCGCCCGCGCGCAGCCCGGCUCCGUGCCCGCCGCCGCCGUCUCCGCCGCCGCCUCCCCGCCCGGCCUCGCGCCGCCGCGGCCCCCCCGGCGCCACUACAGCGAGGCGGCCGCCGACCGCGAGGACGACCCCAACUUCUUCAAGAUGGUGGAGGGCUUCUUCGACCGCGGCGCCAGCAUCGUGGAGGACAAGCUGGUGGAGGACCUCCGGACGCGCGAGAGCGCCGAGCAGAAGCGCAACCGGGUGCGCGGCAUCCUGCGCAUCAUCAAGCCCUGCAACCAUGUGCUCAGCCUGUCCUUCCCCAUCCGCCGCGACGACGGCUCCUGGGAGGUCAUCGAGGGCUACCGGGCGCAGCACAGCCAGCACCGCACGCCCUGCAAAGGAGGUAUCCGAUAUAGCACUGAUGUGAGCGUAGAUGAAGUGAAAGCUUUGGCAUCUCUGAUGACAUACAAGUGUGCAGUAGUUGAUGUGCCAUUUGGGGGUGCCAAAGCUGGUGUCAAGAUCAAUCCUAAGAACUACACUGAUAAUGAAUUGGAAAAGAUCACGAGGAGAUUCACCAUGGAGCUUGCCAAGAAGGGUUUUAUUGGUCCUGGCAUUGAUGUGCCUGCCCCAGACAUGAGUACAGGCGAGCGGGAGAUGUCCUGGAUUGCUGACACCUAUGCUAGCACCAUAGGGCACUAUGAUAUUAACGCUCAUGCCUGUGUGACUGGUAAGCCCAUCAGUCAGGGUGGAAUUCAUGGACGGAUCUCUGCUACUGGCCGGGGAGUCUUUCAUGGAAUUGAAAACUUCAUCAACGAAGCUUCUUAUAUGAGCCUUUUAGGAAUGACACCAGGAUUCGGAGAUAAGACAUUUGUUGUUCAGGGAUUUGGUAAUGUGGGCCUGCAUUCUAUGAGAUAUUUACAUCGUUUUGGUGCUAAAUGUGUUGGUGUUGGCGAGUCUGAUGGAAGCAUAUGGAAUCCAGAUGGUAUCGACCCAAAGGAACUGGAAGACUUCAAAUUGCAACAUGGAUCAAUCCUGGGUUUCCCCAAGGCAAAACCCUAUGAAGGAAGCAUCUUGGAGGCUGACUGUGACAUAUUGAUUCCUGCUGCCAGUGAGAAGCAACUGACCAAGUCUAAUGCACCCAAAGUCAAAGCUAAGAUCAUUGCUGAAGGUGCCAAUGGGCCGACAACUCCAGAAGCUGAUAAGAUUUUUCUGGAGAGGAACAUUAUGGUCAUUCCUGAUCUCUACUUGAAUGCUGGAGGAGUUACAGUAUCUUACUUUGAGUGGCUAAAGAAUCUAAAUCAUGUCAGCUAUGGCCGUUUGACCUUCAAAUAUGAAAGAGAUUCUAACUACCACUUACUCAUGUCUGUUCAAGAGAGUUUGGAAAGAAAAUUUGGGAAGCAUGGUGGAACCAUUCCUGUUGUACCCACAUCAGAAUUCCAAGACAGGAUAUCGGGUGCAUCUGAGAAGGACAUCGUGCACUCAGGCUUAGCAUACACGAUGGAGCGUUCUGCAAGGCAAAUCAUGCGUACAGCCAUGAAGUAUAACUUGGGAUUGGAUCUCAGAACAGCUGCGUAUGUCAAUGCCAUUGAAAAAGUCUUCAAGGUCUAUAAUGAAGCUGGUGUGACCUUCACAUAGAUGGAUACUGGCUGACUUCUUCACUUUCUUUUUCACGUCUUCAUCUGCAGACCUAUCACGAGUUUACAUGUAACCACAAAAAUCUCUUUCUCUCAUGACUUAUUAAAUAAUGGACACCAUUCUCAGCCAAUCCAUAUCAACCCCUUAAGAACAAAGAAAUUAAGGGUAGUCAGAUCAUGUAUAAGAUGAUGAGUGUGAAAGUAGAAAUCAUCUAUUCCGGAGAGUCUUUUGGGUAUUUGCCUUUAAAUAAAAAGUCAUUCACCCAACUGUGCUGCCUUGCUCCGUGGCUUUUACCCAACCUAGAGCUAUGGCCCAGGAAAGCACGUGUCUAAGAGUAGUCAGUUGCUAGCUACUUUAUCUCUGGACAAGUCUGAGAUGUAUUGUGACUUUAACAUGCGUAAAAAUCAGAUAUGGCAUUUUUAGAAGGUAGCAUGGUCCUCAAGUAAGUUUAUUGAUAUUUCUCAUCAGCAUAAUAACUCAGUUUUAUAAGUUGCAAAUAAAAAUAAAAGCUAUUUCUUUUUAUGCAUUUUAUUCUUUUAGAAUAAAAUAAAUAAAUACACGCUGCUGUACUAAAAUGGCCUUUAAUCACUUAACAAGCCUAACUUUGACUAAGCAGUGAAAGCCUAUAAACAUAAUGGAAAAAGCUAGUAUUUUUAUAACAUACAAAACAGUAUCAUUUAUAGCUUCACAAAAAGCCCAGUGGAGAAUUAUCUUCAUACAAGCAAAUAACAGACAUUAUUUUUAUUAAGACUGUUCGAAUUUAUUAAGUAAUUAUGACAUAUAGUCCAAAGAAUGCAGUAAAUUUCUUAUCAUGUUAAUUUCUUUUCUGUUUUGGAGAUCUAUUGUGUUGACUAAUUGAACAAUAAUUCAAGUAGAGUGUUCCAGGGGAAAAACAAACAAACAAACAUGUCGUCUCCCCGAGUCUGACUGGUGGCUCUGAGCAUUGCCAAGGGCUCCACUUGCCUGACUUUGUGUUUUCUUUCAUUUAAAGUCUGUCACUCUGCACACCACGUCAUCAAUAGUGGGCUAAAAACCGUCUUUAAGUGUUUGUUUCAUUUGGGAGUUUUUUGAGUCUUCUGGAUAGUAAUGUCCCAAUGAAAUACUAGAUUAUUAUUUAUGGAAGAAUGAGCUUUUUUUUUUUUAACAAUAAUAACCUUUCAGAAAUUUUUAACUACUUUGUAACUGCAUGAUAACCUGGUGACGAAAGCAGUUAUUAAAAGUCUACCUUUUCCAAAA